AUGCGCUGUGUUCUCGCCGCUUCGGCUCUGUCUCUUCUGAUCUCCGUAUCAGCCUCCUUCUCCACGAUCUAUUGGCCCGUGACCCACCCCUCCGCCCUCAAUCCCUGGGUCAUCGGCCAAAAGAACCUCCUCUACUGGACCUGCGGCGGCGGGACCGGUAUCCAGUCAUUCGACAUCCAGCUCCAUAAUGCCAAUUACAGUAUUAUGAAUGGGUUCAUCCCGAUCGCGCUCAGAGUGCCGAUGGAGAGGCUGCCGACGGGGAGGAAGAAUUAUGGGGGGGAGAUGGAGGUGGAUUUGGCGGAUAAUAUUCCGACUGGGGACGGCUUCCGCCUCAUGUUCAUCAACACCCUACACGGACAGGUCUACUCUCAGUCCCCCAAGUUCAGCAUCUACCCCAGUGUACCUAGCAACUACACUGCGCCAGACCUCCCAACCGCUACCGUGACAGCGACCCUCACCCGCCUCCCCGACCCAACGCAACAAUGGGCCAUCACGCUGAACGGUAUCGACCCCGACGCCACCAAGGCGGCUACGGCUAUCGCUGGUGGGAGCGGGGGGAAGACGUAA